UGUGUUGUUUUGUGUAUAUGGGCUGUUUUUAGAGAGAAACAAGGAAGGCUUUCCUUUUCUUUGUUUGGCUUUUAAAAAGCAGACAAACAUCUCCCAUUUUCCCUUUACCUUCCUUCUCUCUCCAUGUGCAGUUCAUACAUAUGAACUUUCUUUCUCUACAUUCAGAACGCUGUUGCUACUGAUCCAUUGUCCACUUUUAAGGAACACAACUCCUACCCAGUUUCUUAUUUUUGCAUGAUCUGAAAAUUACAAUAUGACGAGAUUAGGCCGUGGUUUUAGUUAUACAAUGCAAAAUGAUGCAGUCUCACCAGUGUCCGCCGAUGUAGUCUUUGCAUCUACUCGUUUCCCGAAAUAUAAGAUUGGAGCAAACAAUCAGAUCGUGGAGGUCAAAGAGGACCAGAAAAUGUUGUCUCAUAAAGAAAUGGUUGCACGCGAAACUGCCUUGCUGCUGGAGCAACAGCAACGUCUUUCAGUACGUGAUCUUGCAAGCAAAUUUGAGAAGGGAUCGGCUGCCGCAGCAAAGCUAUCUGAUGAGGCAAGACUCAAAGAGGCAGCUUCUUUGGAAAAACAUGUGCUUCUGAAGAAACUGAGAGAUGCGCUCGAAGCUCUAAGAGGGCGUGUAGGCGGAAAGAACAAAGAUGAUGUGGAGGAAGCUAUAGCUAUGAUUGAAGCUUUAGCAGUUCAGUUAACUCAGAGGGAAGGAGAGCUAAUUCAAGAGAAGGCUGAAGUGAAAAAGCUUGCGACGUUCCUAAAGCAGGCAUCAGAAGAUGCUAAAAAACUUGUGGAUGAAGAAAGAGCAUUUGCACGGGCUGAAAUUGAGAAUGCGAGAGCAGCAGUACAAAGAGUGGAAGAGGCUCUUCAGGAACAUGAACGAAUCUCUAGAGCUUCAGGAAAGCAGGACUUGGAUGAGUUGAUGAAGGAGGUUCAAGAGGCUAGACGAAUCAAAAUGCUGCAUCAGCCUAGUAGGGUUAUGGACAUGGAAAAUGAGCUUCAGGCAUUAAGGAUUCAACUUGCAGAAAAGUCGAAGUGUUCCCUACAGCUCCAGAAAGAGCUGGAAAUGAGCAAGAAGGGUGAUAAAAACAAACCCCAUUUGUAUGAAAUAGACGGUAUGGAGGCAUUGGGUUCGUAUCUACGGAUAUAUCCAUGUUCCGAUAGUGCUCCUGAUCUUUCAGAAUGCACUAUUCAGUGGUAUCGCUCAACUGCUGAGGGCGGCAAGAGAGAGCUCAUAUCAGGGGCCACCAAGUCCGAAUAUGCGCCAGAGCCCUUUGAUGUUGGCAGAAUACUGCAAGCUGAUAUCUCGACUAGUGAUCACACAACAACCAUAAUGACCUCUGCUCCUAUUGAUCCAGCUGCUGGAUUGGGGAACUAUGUAGAAGCAUUGGUGCGAAGGCACGACACUGAAUUCACAGUGGUUGUUAUCCAGAUGAAUGGAGUAGAUCAACCGUCACAGUCUAUUCAUGUACUCCAUAUAGGAAAAAUGAGAAUAAAACUUCGGAAGGGACAAACGACAAUGGCAAAGGAAUAUUAUUCCAAUUCCAUGCAGCUUUGUGGAAUUAGAGGUGGUGGGAACGCUGCUGCACAGUCGGUAUACUGGCAGGCGAAGAUGGGGCUGUCGUUUAUAUUAGCAUUUGAAUCGGAGCGAGAAAGGAACGCAGCUAUCAUGCUGGCAAGAAGAUUUGCAUUUGACUGCAACAUUAUGCUUGCUGGUCCAGAUGACAGAUCUGCAGCAGGAACUUGAUGAACCAACCAUAAGAAGCCAUAGCCUAGAAACUGUAAUGAUAGCCACUUCUUAGUGUAUGAGUAACCCUUUUUCCCCAGUGAAUAUGAGAAAAUUCCUUGGUUUGAUUGUGUUAGUUCAGCUGCCAGGCCUUUUUUUCAGUUGCCUUGAUCUGAUUUUUCCCUUUCUUGCUUUAUUUCAUUCUCAUUGUUGAUCUGAUUGAAUACAGAAGAGUCUGAUUGUGACUAAGUGUUGGAACUUGGAACACUGUAUCUGAAUCAAUGUUUGUAAUAUAUAUAUUUAUAUAUGUUAA